CUUAAUCUCUGCCAGUGUUUCCUCGACACACGAUGUGGAAAGAGUCUGUAAGUCGACCUGAAGAGUUCAGCAGUGAACUAUGGCACAGUUUGUUGAAGACUCCAUCCUGGAGGACUGGGAGGAGAUUGGCUCUGGGGGUUUUGGAGAAAUCUACAAAGCCAGGCAUCAUCAGUGGGGUGCUGACGUGGCCAUUAAACUGCUUCUUCAGGGCGAGGGGACCGAGAAGUCUUUGCUGCAUGAGAUCGACAUGAUGCGUCAAGCCACCAGCCCGCAUGUUAUGGCCGUCCGAGGGGUCUUCAAGGGUCAAACGCCCUCUGGCAGGUCAACACAGCUUGGUCUGGUCAUGGAGGUCAUGGAGAGAGGAUCAUUAGCCUUCCUUCAGGAAGCAUUGAGGGGAACUCCUCCCUGGCCGCUGGUCUUCAGACUGGCUCACCAAGUGGCUCUGGGUAUAAACUACCUCCACAGUCUGCCCCGUCCCGUGCUCCACCAGGACCUGAAGCCCCAAAAUGUGCUGCUGGACGACGCUCUCAAUGCCAAGCUUACAGAUUUUGGUCUUUCCCGGAUUUCCUGCAGCGUCACGCUGUCCAAGAACGGUGAACCACUAGGAGGGACGAUUAACUACAUGCCACCAGAGGCUUUUGAAAACAUAUCGUACGAACCUACCAGAGCCUUUGAUAUCUACAGUUAUGGGAUACUCCUUUGGUCCACUGUCACAGGGAAACAACCAUAUGCAAAUUCCUGUGAACUCACACUGGACAUAAAUACAGUGAACACAAACCUCAAACUGUCUGACAACAACAGGAAGAUGACAUGUGUGGAGGAGUUUGAGCCAUAUCCUGAUCAUCCAGAGAAGUUUGACUGGCCUCAGCUGCUGUGUAGAGAUGGUCUGACUGGUCUCUAUUACUGGGAGGUCGAGACGAGAGGAGGAGGGGUUUCUGUAGCAGUACUACCAGGUGUGGAGGCUACAUGA